AUGAUCUAACAAAUAGUCAUUUAAACUUUAUAGCAAAAAAUAUUAUUUAUUUUAAUCAGAUGCUAAUAAAUUUAAUGGAAAUUCAAUUUUGAAAUCUCAGAAAUUUCCAUCAAACUAAAAUAUUUAAGUAAGUCCUUAAUAAAAUUUAUAUAUAAACUACUUAGGUUUUUAUUACUUUCUUUCGUUCAUUCAUUCAUUAUGCCAAAAGCACAUUUAACUAAUAAGAAGGAAAGGCCAUUUGAAAAAAUAAAAAAACUUUAAGAUAUUCUAAGUCUAUUUAUUCAAAGCAAAGUUCCUAGUCCUUGCGUGAAUUUUUCAGUUAAAUAAAAGUUUAAAAAUACUGAAGGAUUUAUUGUUUUAAAAUAAAAUUAUUAUUCUACUUAGCUAACAUUCUUCUUAAAUGUCUAAUACACAAACAUCUUAAUUUCUGCACCCUGA